GAUAAUAUUCAUUUAAACUCGCAAGAUGAAUUAGUAGGAGUAAUCAUGCAAUUUCAGCAAAUUGAUAAUAAUGACUGUAUUAUAAAUGAUUUUUAUAUUUUUAAUCAGAUUAAAGCACCAGAUGCACUUAAUAUGGCUCUUGAUUUGAAGUGUGAAGAUGAAUUUAUUGAUCGUAAGAAAAGCAGUAUUGAAAGUGCAAAUAAAGAAAAUAUGCAAGUGCAAAUAUCAGAUUCUAUAGUUAAUAAGCAUCAUAGAUGUCCAUCAAACAAACAAAUCAAAGCAUCAUCAGAAAGCAAUGUACAACAUGAUAGAACUAACAAUAAACUUAUAAAUAUUAAAGAGUUGAAUAAGAUGAAUAAAGAUCUUUCAACUGAAUCUUCAAUAAUACAAACAUAUAAUAAUGAAAGCAAGCACAAAUAUAUCUUUCAAGCAUGUG